AUGUUGAUCAACCAGCCUGGUUCUGGUUAUCCUUAUCCUAGUGCUAUGUCAGUGGAGGAGUGUUUGUCACACACCAACCACCAAACCAAUGGCCGGAAGAUUCAGGCCAACAAAACCAAUUCAUAUGGCAUAGGAGCAAUGCACUUACACUCCCUCGCUAACCUUUUUGUUGAUUGUUAUUUCGCCAUGAGCUCCCGCGUGCGACUUGUCAAUGUCACCCGUGUCCACCCUGCCUGUGCCGCUGCCGCCGGCGACCUCGAGCUCGCCUUCUUCGACAUCGCGCAGGUCGCCAAGAUACCGAUCCAGAGGCUCUUCUUCUUCGACGGCCCCGGCCUCCCGCCGUUCCCGUCCGUCGUCAGCGCCCUAAGGUCCUCCCUCGCCGACACCCUCGCCGUCUUCUUCCCGCUCGCCGGCGAGCUGGCCUUCCGCCCCUCCUCCGGCGCCGUCGUCGUCGACUGCUCCCCGGCCGCGGUCUCCUCCGGUGUCAGGUUCGUGGAGGCCGAGUACAUGGGCGGCGCCGACGACAUGCGCCGCCUGGCCCGCGAGGAGGAGCACGACACCGAGGCGUUCUCGCAGCUUGUCCCGGACCUGGACGUGGCGCAGCUGCCCGCUCGCGUUCUCGCCGUGCAGGUCACCAGGCCGGCGGCGGGCCACGGCGCCGUGGCGGUAGGGGUGACCAUCCUGCACGCGGUCGCCGACGGCCAGGCCGUGUGGCAGUUCAUGCGGGCGUGGUCGACGGCGUCGCGGGCGGGCGCCGCCGCGCUAGUGGGGCUCGUGCCGCCGCCCACGUUUGACCGGUCUCCGAUCCUGCAGCACCCCAUCGCCGCGGAGCUGUCCCGAACUUUCUUGCGCUUCUUCGCGCCGGCGCUGCCUCUGCUGAGGUCGCCACCGAGCACAUCUUCCACGGUGGACACGGCGCCGCAGAUCCGAAGGACCUUCGUGCUCACCGCCGACCAGAUCCGGUCCCUGAAGCAGCAGUGCGUUCCGCAAAGCGGCCAGAGCCUGCCGCCUGCGAGCACCUACGUCGCCAUCUCGUCCCUCGUGUGGGCGUCCAUCGUCCGCGCCAAGUCCAUGGACCACGCGGACGACACCCACUUCAUGGUCGCCGCGGACUGCCGGCGCCGGCUGCGCCCGGCGCCCGGCGAGGGCUACUUCGGGAACUGCAUCCGGCCGUGCUUCGCUCGGGCCAACGUGGGCGAGCUGCGCGGCGAGGGCGGGGUGGCGCGCGCGGCGGCGGCCAUCCGGGAGCGCGUCCGCGAGGACCUGGAGCGGACCUCGGACCCGCUGGAGGGGAUGGAGCGCGUGCUGGAUGUCGUCCGCGGCGUGCCCAGGGAGCGGCUGACCUCGGUGGCGUCGUCGCACCGGUUCAUGGCGUACGAGACGGACUUCGGGUGGGGCGCCCCGAGCCGCGUCGAGCUCGUCUCCAUGUUCGCGGCGGAGCUGGUGACGCUGCUCGGUGCGAAGCAGGCCGGCGCCGUGCAGGUGUCCGUGGCGCUUCGCCGGCACCUGAUGGAGGCGUUCGCGGCCAACUUCCUUGCGCUGGCCGGGAGCAGCUAGCUUCUUUUUUUCGUGCAAGGAAAUGAGCUGAUUUCCUUCGAAAUUCCCACGAAGUGUGUGUCAAAAUUCUUUUUAGAGCGUGUCAAAUGUUUGGACAUAAUAAAGCAAUGCACCGAUUAUCCGUAA